AUGUCUGAAUCGAAGGGUGCCGCGCCGUUCGUUUCGUGCUUCGGCAAGAAGAAGACCGCGACGGCCGUCGCUCACGCUAAGGAGGGCAAGGGCCAGCUCCGCCUCAACGGCCAGCCCCUCGCUCUGAUCCAGCCCGAGACGCUGCGCAUCAAGGCCUUUGAGCCGAUCCUCGUUGUGGGUGAGGACAAGUUCGCCAACGUCGACAUCCGCAUCCGUGUCUCGGGUGGUGGUCACACCUCGCAGGUGUACGCGAUCCGCCAGGCGAUCGCCAAGGCGCUCGUUGCGUACUACGCCAAGUACUACGACGCUGCCUCGGCUCUCGAGCUCCGCCAGCUCUUCAUCUCGUACGACCGCACCCUCCUGAUUGCCGACCCGCGUCGCUGCGAGCCCAAGAAGUUCGGUGGUCGUGGUGCCCGCGCGCGCCGCCAGAAGUCGUACCGUUAA